GAACCACACUAGAGCUGCAUCUGGGCUUACGUAUCGGUAUCAAUUAGCCCAACGGUCUUUGCAUUACCCCGACCUUUGUACGCUCGUUUUAGAAUCCCAGCUAGUUCGUGGCUUGCAAGCCCAGCGAUUGAUUGUGUGCACGCCUACCAACCAACCCACGAGCCUCCCCUUGGCUGACCGUGCUUGCUGGUGCUUGCUGGCCUCCCUGCAUUCCGCCACCACUGCGCUCGAGUCUGUGAGGAGUGUGCGUUUGUGCCGAGUAUUAUUGGAUCUGGUCUAAGCGAUCGAUGCACAUCUGACUCUCACGAACUUUUGCUGCGGCCUAUCCGGGCUAUCCAUAGCAGACGCCGCUUUACUGGAGUCGCCAUGUUUGGGGCAUAUGCCAACGUGGCGGGUUCUUCAAGACCGCUGUAUAUAGAUUCAAGUGAAAUCCCACCGCCAACGCCCAUUGCUCUACCUCGCUUCCAGCCCUUCACGCAGGAUGACACACCGAUUGAUCCGUCACUCUCACUGUCCAACCUGCUAAAAUCCACUGGCCGUGCGUCACUUGCUCUCAGCACAACAGGCUUGAACGCUCUCGGCCUAGACUUGGAGUCAGAUGUUGAUCUCUUCACCCUGAUCCCGGAUGAGAAAUGGAUCCCGGACUUUGCCGCCUGGGACAAGCCCAUCAUUGCUGGUGAGAAUCCAGCAGCUGCGGCAGCAGCUUCUAGUCAGCAGCAGCUUCGAACGGGAAGAGUUGCGCCUGGCCAUGCUAUAUAUCAAGAACGCCUGACCGAACUGGCCCACAGCAAUGAGGACGCCUUUCGGUCUAUCCGUCGGCAGACUCCCGCCAAGGGCCGAACCAAUGCACGUCUUGGCAACUCGUACGAAUUCUUUCGCUGCCUAGAGCUAUUCACAGAAUACUGGGAUGAUCCUACCCGGCCUCCGUCGCCCGCACUCUCUCCCGAGCUCCUCCCAUCUGAAACGCUGGCCUCGGCCCCAGCCUCUGAUGGUGACGUGACCAUGUCAGAGACACCAAUGCCUGUCAAGCUGCCAGUUAAGCCGGCUGCUGCGAGCCGGCCCCAUUCCGAAGUUCGAAUCGCAGCAGGCAGCUCUAUGCCACCAGAGUUUCGUAAUAACCUUAUUGCAGCGCUGGUGAAGCUUGUCGCCUAUGACUUUGGCUGCAACGUUGCUCACAGCCGCGUCGAGCCGCGCCUGCAGAUGAGCUCACCGAAAAAGGCAGAGCACAGGCGCAAAUCCUAUAUCCCAUGUCAUUUUCAGUUUGUCUUUCAAAGCCCUCAGAGCCGGGAGGCUGCGCGUCUGGGGACUGUGACAGGUCCCAUUGCCGCCAUCAGCAACCGACAGACGGUGGACUUUACCACGCCGGACGUAGAGACAGCGCAGAGCCUCGACUUAGCCCGUGAAAUCCUUGCCGCGCUUAUAACUGCACAGCACCGAGCUAGACAAGGCAAGACAGAGGUCCGCUUCGGCGAGGGCAAAUGGUGGGCUACCAAGCCCCGAUGGGGAGGUGGCUCGGGCGGUCCAAUUGGCAAGGAGGACACCGAUGAUAUGCCCAACAGCCCCCCUAGCAAGCGAGACGAGGACGAAGAGAUGAGCCCUCCUCGAGCAAAGAAGUCGCGCAAGACGCUCAGUAUGUACGAUACGUACCGCAUGGUCCGGCCGGCCUCGCAUGCAUGGGACCGCCGUGCCAACUACGAGCUCAUUGGCAAGCAAUACGGCACUAACUACGACGAUAUCUUCCUUGUCAGCAGCCUAUUCCACCACGUCUCGUUUCUGCGUGUACGUGUGCCCAUUCGAUUGCUCGAGGUCCUUGAGGGAUCUCCAGAGCCAGAUGCCUCGUGGCGCAGCUGGGGCAAGCUGUCGGCGUAUCGUAGUCGAUGGUUUGAUCUGUUUGAGACAGAGGGCCGAAUCGAGGCCAUGAAGCACAUCUUUGCCAUCAUGUCGUACCAGAUGAGACACGAUACCGGUGACGUUGCCUUUACUGGAGGGGCAGUAUAGAAAAGUUUUUAUAUCUUUUGAUUUUGAAUACACAGCGAAUUGGACAGGAUAGACAAAAACCACGCAUCCAUUUUUUGGAAUAAAAUUAUUAUUGAACAUACAUCUCAUUACCAUUAAGGGUAUACAUCUAACACAUCUUGCAACAUCUGUACGUCAUUACAUCAUUCGGGUUUCUGUGGCAGGUCGGAGAGGACAUGCCACGCCAGUACAUCUCUCGUGGCAAGCGCAUCUUCGAGACUAUCAUGGCCCGUCUUGGUAUUCUGAAUAGUCCUGUCGAGACGGGCCUUGGCCAGCGUCUUCAGCGAGAGUCCCGGAUGCUCGAGCUUGAUUUCCGGGCGUUCGGCAUUAUGAAACGUCACCACUGGCUCUGCCGGCACACCAGUCUGUUCGGCGACCUCUGCCCGCCGUUGCGUCUCUUGUAUAUGCAGCUGCUCCAUCUCCUCAUCCAGCCUUUCCUGGGCAGCCUCCUGCGCUGCCUUGGCUUUUUUCCAUAACCUCGUCUCAAUAUCCAGCGUGUCCAUCAUGCGGGUGUGUAUCCAGCGCAAGGACGUCAUAUCGCCAUUACCGCCGUGCGCAACAACAAAUGUGUCUGCAUCAACAAAGGCCCAUACGGCUUGACGCGCAGCGUCCCGACCAAACAGACAAGUGCGGUUGCGUCGUGCGUUGUCCAUGGCCUUGUACGUCACGCCAGAGAAGCGUGUGUUGUAGUGUGCCAUGGGGACGCUAGGGAAGACAAGGCUGUCGAGCAGGGUCUCGCGUGUAAAGAAAUCGAUGACAGUCAGGCGGAUGAGCUCGGAUUCACCGGUGAAGGCGGUACCCAUUUCGCAGUCCAGCACGAUGGCUGCGCGCUUGUUAGUGGCAGCAUCUCGGGGAGGGGUUGUGUAGUAGAGCCAGUUGUGCUCAAAUUCGCCGGGCGCGUAGCGGCGUGCUUCGUGGUGAGUUGCUAAUGAGCAGGGUUUGGCAAAGUGGUUGCCCUUGCAGCAUGUCCAUGUCUGGAUGGGUGUUAGUAGGAGUGGCAGGGAUGUGUUUGUUGCGGCUAGGCCGGCUGCUUACGCGGUUCACUAUCCGCCCUGAAUGGAACGAGCACGUUUGGUCUUUAUCUUUGUCUCUGUGAUCUGGCUUGGCAGGUUGCUGUGUUGUGAUGAGCUCGUUCUUCUCUUUGCUUCGGCGCGGCCCACCUUUGAGGCGUGCUUCGCGGCGUUCGGGGUUCCAGUAGCGCGUGGGAAGAGCUGCGGGGUAGGUGAUGAUGUUAGUUUGAUAGGCUAGACGAAUUACAGGGUAGGUUCAUUUACAUUUUGUGCAUCUCCAGCAUCGCCACUUGGCGUCGAUGUCUUGGGGCGAGAGUUGAGAUCGGAUGUAGCCAAGCUUUUUAGCGGCGCCGUUGCUCAUGACGAAGCCAGCAAGGCUAUCGUAGACUGCUUGUGUAGGCAGGAUAGGCUCCGAGGCCUGCUGUGGCGUGAUGGCUGGGUUUAUCGGUAUGGAUUCCAUGGUUUAUAGGCCGUGGUGAUGGUGAUGUUGGUGGUGUUGAGUGUUGGUGUUUAUGGCGGAAGACGGGUUCGUUUGCCAUGCAUGUUGACAGAGCCGCUGAGUGAGUUAACUUAGUGGGUGGGUAACCAAGUGAGUUUGUAUGUGACGCAAGGCUGAGCUGAGAAUCAAGUGAGAAAAUAUACAAAUCAAGGUAGAUAAAAUAAAUAAAUAGGGCAUGAGUUCGGUUUUAUAAAUAUAGCAAUAAUGACUUUCCAUCUUAUUUUUUUUCAUUUAAUUUUUUGGUUGUGGUUUGGCAUUGCAUAUUGUAGACUGAUCUGCUUGCCUCCAGCCAACAUCGCCCAGGCAAGAUUCUACACAAAACACACAAGCAACAAGGGUAAAAGAAGCGAAAACAGAACAUACUGCUAGUGCCUGAUUGGUUAUUACAGUACAGUACACGUACAGACCCUAUGUACACGGCAACACCGCGGGAGAGGCCGUACUGCUGAAUGUGCUGAAUGUCGUUGCUGAAGUAGAUAUGGUUAGGGGCGUAAGCGCCGUUUUGCGCAAGCUGUGGCAGGGCGGGAAUCUCAAUAGGCCAGGACUGAGAGUCAGUCAUGUGCAGAUGGAGGACGUUGAACUUGUUCAUGGACAGCGCAUCAAUGGUGCACUCCAGAUCCUUGAUAGGGAAGAAGUUGCGGGCCACAUCGAGGUUGACGCCGCGGUGGCUGAACUUGGGCUUGUCGGCAAUCUUGACGGGGGCCAGCUUGUUGUAAACACCCGAAGCGUCGGAGGAAUGCGCGUAGAAAAGCUGAGCAAAGGUCUUGACGGCAUGCAGAGUACCGAAGGAGGACUUGGAGGUAAUCUUAGCCUAGCCAUCCGCGGUGACGGUCAGCGUGUAGGAUUCGUCGGCAAGAGUCGGGAAUGUGGCGUUGGCGGAAGGGGUCUCCUGUUCAAUCGAUAGCUGGCUGAUGUAGUUGCGAGAGUCGGAGGCAGAUGGCUCGUACUUUUGUACCUGGCCACGUCAAAGAGCAUCCAGGGGAACAUGGGCUCCUUGAAGAUGGCAUCCAAGUCGCGGGCAACACCGCCUUUGACGAUCGAUUGGCAGUUGUCGUCGU